AUGUCUACCACCGUCGAUGCUUGGGUCACCAUCCUCGUCGUUGGCAUAGGCGCGAUUUUCGCACUGCAUCACCGACGCAAUGCCCUGGGGCAAGCGCUCAAUGAACCACCCAUCCUUUCUUACCUGAUUCCUUUUGUGGGUCAUGCUCUGUGGUACCGCCGAAGAUCUAUCGAGGUAUACAAUGCAACAAGGGGCCCCAUCACAGAACCCAUUGCAAAAUUCUCGUUAACGUUGAUGGGGCAACGAAUAUAUAUCGUCACUGCGAGCAAAGAUGUAUCGGUAGUCUAUCUCUCAAAAAGUCUCUUGUUCACGCUUCUAGUCCUCUACGGUCCUGGUUCCAUGUUCGACAUUUCGAAAGAUGGCAGAGACAUGAUCGCAUACGACUACGAUGGUCCUCAUUCUUCUUUAACUUAUCAAAGAGGACGCCAAAAUCAAUGCAUCCCCAGGGGGAUGAAGGUCUUACUGCAUGACUGGGCCAGAACUAUACUAGGCACAGCGUCAACCAUCGUCAUGAUGGGCCCACCGAUACUGGAGGAAGAGCCGAACCUUCUCGAUUACAACUGGCAGUUCAAUGCAGACGUUUGGACAAGCUCAUUUGAACGAGUCUACCGGGAUAGCAAAACGAAACAAAAGGAUGUCAUCUGGUGGGUAGAAGCGCUACCAAGGAUGAUGGCUGAGGCUGGGACAACGGCUGCCCAUGACAUCAGCGCUGGAACAUUUACUAUAUGGAAUGCGCUCCAGGCCAACUCCAAUCCUGCUUCCUUUUGGCUUCUUCUGCAGAUUGCGACAUUCCCUGGACUCGCGGAUCGCAUUCGCAAGUCGAUUACUACCACAUUUGAUAGCAAUGAGAAGGUUGUCGAUGUGGAGCUUUUAGUAAAUGACCCCCUCCUCCGUUCAACCUUCAACGAAACUCUUCGUACCUUUUCAUCUUCAAUGUGUACCCGACUUGUCAUGGAAGACACCAUCAUAUCUGAUUACAACUUCCGAAAAGGCGCUGCAGUCAAGUGCCCUAUUCGUCCGCAACACUGGGAUGCAGACAUUUGGGGACCAGACGUCGAGGAGUUCGUUCCAGAUAGGUCCAUUCGAGAACCUGCGAAUGGUCUCAUAAGGGGUGAUGCGAAGUUAGUUCGGCCGUUUGGCGGAGGAGUAUCCCUCUGUCCCGGUCGAUUCUUUGCCUCAUACGAGGUUCUUUCAUUCGUUGGGGCUCUUUUGUUCAAGUAUGACAUCAAGUUGGCGGAAGGUGCAAAUGUACCACGACCCGACUUGAACGCCCCCACCCUCGGGAUAUCUUCUCCCCUCAACGAUGUCGAGGUAAUUAUAAUCAAAAGAUUCAAGUGA